GAACAACAUUUGAAACAAAUCUUUCAGCACCAGACCAAAUUUGACGUUUCCAUUAUACAAUGGACUCAGUUAAUGUAAUCUCGAGGGAGAUCCCUUACCAACUACCAGCAACAGUAUUGGAAGCACUCAUGUGUUUAACCAAGUGGGCCGACGAAAAUUCCGUUGAACUUCGAUAUCUUGUGAGCAGCUCGAUACCAUACCGUAUUAUUGGAGACGCCAUUCGUUUACGCCAGAUUAUUAUCAAGUUGGUUAUAAAUGCUAUCAAGUUUGCGAAGCAGGGGGAAGUCAAAAUUACGGUUCAAAUCGCAAAGCAUGAUCCCGCUACUGCAGAAAAAGAAGCUCUAGAGGUUAUCGUCUCAGAUAACGGUAUUGGGAUUCAAAGGGGCGACCUUGAUUCAAUUUUUAAUACUUCCAAGCAAGAGAAUGGUUCAACAUAUCGGAAACAUAGCGGUUCAAGCCUCGGCCUAUCUUUCUAUAAAGACCUUGCAAGGCAAAUGGGAGGAGACAUCCGGGUGGAGAGUCGGUAUGGCAGGGGGACCUCGUUCUUCUUUACGAGCGUAUUGCGGCGCGCUGUCUCCGAUGAAAGCUCCAUCUUGAAGCAGCUCAAACCGUACAAUAACCACAGCAUACUCUUCAUUGAUCAAGGACGAACUGGGUACGAAAGGCAAAUCGCGUUGAUGUUGGAGGAACUUGGUUUUGUUCCAGUCACUGCUGACUCAGUCUCACACAUUGAGCAGCCACGAGAGGGGAUGUAUGAUGUUAUACUCGUCGACUCAAUAGCGUCUGCGAGAGAAGUUCGUUCGAUAGAUGCGUUCAAAACAGUUCCAAUCUUAUUGAUGGGAUCACCAGAUCCUUUCAGCCUCUCCCCGAUACAAAAUCUCCAAAUCGCCUCAUACAUGACAACACCUUGUCUGGCGAUUGAUUUUGGAUAUAAUAUACUUCAGCUUUUGGAACAACAAUUACCACCAGUUCCAACUGACAAUCUCUCCUCGUUGGCCAUCCUUCUAGCUGAAGACAAUACCGUUUAUCAGAAGCUUUUCAAAAAGGAUCUAGAAAAAUAUACUCAUGUCGUUACAAUGGUUGAAAACGGGCUCAAGGCUUUUGAGGCUGUUAGGGCGAACAAAUACGACAUUUUGCUAAUGGAUAUAAAAAUGCCAAUCAUGGACGGCUUUGAAGCUACAGUGAAGAUCAGAGAAUAUGAGCAGAGUCAAGGCCUUCGACGAAUCCCAAUAAUUGCUUUUACCCUCGGUACACAAGAAGAAGAGGAGAAGUGUUUAAAAACAGGGAUGGAUGAGUGCCUUUCUAAGCCGACUUUUAGAAGGCACUUAAUCAGGAUGGUUUCUAAAUAUGUACAAUACAAGGAUGUAGCCAGUUUGUCUUGAUUUAUUACUGUAAUUUGACAUAGUUGUAUUAGGGUUACUAUCUGUAUACACAGGGUUGUCGGAAUAACUUUAUAUGACUUUUAAGUUACAUAACUUAUUCUAGUGUAAAACCCCACUACGCCACCAGCAGUUUUAGAGCCUAAUUGUAUAUAAGAAUAGGAUAUAGAAGAACUCAUAUAUUAUAAUAUCAUAAGAUAGACAGACAAGAAUAGGGCUCUAAUAACUUUGCCA